UGUAUAUGUAUAUUCCUUUCCCACUGUGGAGGUGUCUUAUCUAUCGGUACUUUAGCACCCCUUAAAAUGAGGCAUUUUAGUUUUAUAUUGUUAGAUUUCCCUUUUAAAAGUAGCCAUCCCUUUACACUUUCCAGGUCUCUCCUCCAUUCCUGUAGCGUGAGAUAGGCCCCUUUCCGUUUCCUAGAGCAAAUAUCCAUUCUCAGGUUGGAAAACAGCAUUUUCCUUCUCCGGAGCAGAGAAGUCACCCAUUAUUCCAGAACAUUUCAACAAAGAGCCACAUCAUCUUUCCAGCAAGAAGCAUCCUUAUUGAUCAAAUGAGACGAACCAUUUUGCUGCAUGAUGUGGAAGAUCUCCUCCUUUGCUUGACCUUAUUCUACAGUUUGCAUUUGCUUUGGAGAUACAACCAUUAGGACCUACUUCUUCAGUGGACUAGAGAGCAGAGACUAAGCACAAAGACUAUGCACUUAGGCUGAGCUUUGGACCCUUGUAUCGAAUUCUUAUCCUCCUUGAUUUGGACAGUAUGAAUUUUUCCGAAGCGUUCAAACUCUCCAGCCAGUUGUGCCAGUUCUCCCCAGACGGGAAAUGCCUGGCUUCAGGGGUUCAAUACCGUUUGGUGGUUCGGGAUGCCAACACCCUCCAAAUCCUGCAGCUCUUCACCUGCCUGGACCAAAUCCAACACAUCGAGUGGUCUUCAGAUUCUCUCUUCAUACUAUGCGCCAUGUACAAACGGGGAAUUGUGCAGGUCUGGUCCUUGGAGCAACCGGAUUGGCACUGCAAGAUCGAUGAAGGCUCAGCGGGACUGGUGGCUACUUGCUGGAGCCCAGAUGGCCGUCACAUUCUCAAUACUACCGAGUUCCACCUGCGGAUAACUGUCUGGUCCUUGUGUACGAAAUCUGUGUCUUAUAUCAAGUACCCAAAGGCCUGUCAGCAGGGAAUCGCGUUUACGAAGGACGGACGCUACCUGGCCCUGGCAGAGCGGAGAGACUGCAAAGACUACAUCAGUCUCUUUGUGUGCAGCGACUGGCAGCUUUUAAGGCACUUUGAAACUGAAACUCAGGACAUGGUCGGGAUUGAAUGGGCUCCGAACGGCUGCGUAUUAGCAGUCUGGGACAGCUGCCUUGAGUAUAAGGUUCUGCUGUAUUCACUCGAUGGCCGGCUGCUGUCCACAUACAAUGCCUACGAAUGGUCCCUGGGUGUUAAAUCUAUCGCUUGGAGCCCCAGCAGUCAGUUCUUGGCAAUCGGCAGUUUUGACGAAAAGGUGCGCAUUUUGAACCACGUGACCUGGAAGAAAAUAGCCGAAUUUGAGCAUCCCGUAAACAUUGUCAGCCCAAAGAUAAUUGUUUAUAAGGAAGCGGAGAAGUCUCCAGCCGUGGAAAUGGAGAAACUUGCUUUCCCUCCUUCCAAGAAAAUGGCCAGCUCCCUCUUCAGCACAAAGAGUAAAUAUGAAGUUAUGCAAGUCCCGGUUUCAUUGCAUUAUGUGAAACCUGCUGUGGACCGGGCCAAUCCAAGAAUCGGAGUCGGGAUGUUGGCUUUCAGCUCCGAUAACUGCUUUUUGGCAACCAGAAAUGAUAACGUUCCUAAUGCUGUCUGGAUCUGGGAUGUUCAAAAGAUGAAGCUGUUUGUUAUCUUGGAGCAGCUCUGUCCCGUUAAUCUGUUCCAGUGGGAUCCCUCCCAGUCCCGGCUUGCCAUUUGUACUGGGAACAACAGAGUAUACCUGUGGUCCCGGGCUGGAUGCAUAUCUGUACAGGUGCCCAUGGAAGGUGACUUCCAGGUGACUUCUGUCUGUUGGCACUCCAGCGGUAGCUCUCUGGCUCUCUUGAGCAAGGACAACUUCUGUAUGUGUUUCUUAGACAGACAAGAGGAAGAGGUGAAGUAGCUGCACCCAAAGCUAAGUGAAAAUGCAAAGCGAAGUUGAAGUGGAGCAGCGCAUUGUUUGUGCACACUGCUUUUCCAACAUUAAGCAAAAAGGCAAAGGAAACUGGUCAGUUGAGCCAGGGCACUUGUGGUUCAAGUCUGAAUAUAGAAGGUGGAAGAUGGAUAAAUUGCUGUGAAUGCACUUUAAACAGUGUGCUUAGGUAUUUAUAAAUAGGGGGGAACCUGAUAUUUGAAUUUCAAACUUUUACAUUUCGUUUUCUGUGUAUAUUUUAACAGUCUGCAAGCUGCUUUGUGAGGAUAUUUCAAUAAACAGAUUUGUUAAA